AUGCCUGCAUCUGCCGACAUCACGCGCGCAAAACAGCUGGAACCAAGUCACCCAACUGUAGAGGGUCCUGUCAUUGAGCGUCCUGCGGUUGUUGGAAAGUGCGAUAACAUGUGUGUUACUGUCCUCACCACGAGACCGCAUUCCAAAUCCACAGUCAGGCAUAACAGCGAACAAGACACUAUCAUCUAUGCUGUCUCGGGAAACGGAAUUCUUGUCGUCAACGAGGCUGUCAACUCCGAACUCAAGUACCACGAUCUAGCACCUGGCGAUUUUGCCGUUGUCCCUGCCUGGGUCGAGCAUCAGUUCCAGAAUAACACCGGUGAAGACGCGCAAUGGCUUGUUAUCCAAAACGGGUCGAAACCCAUCCGUGCAGACCUGACUGAAUGGGGUGGCGAUGUGAUCAAGGCAAGAAAUUAA